GCAACUUGUCAAAAUGGCGUUGUUCGUAGUAGGGGACUUGAGUUAGUUCAUAUUAUUCACUCCUAUUUAUUCAGUUAUUGGGCAACAUACGCAACACUAGCCACGACAGUAUGGCGACCCUGGAUCAGAAAUCACCCAAUGUGCUUCUUCAGAGCCUCUGCUGCAGAAUCACGGGGAAAAGCGAAGCUGAAGUUGCCCACCAGUUUCAGUAUGCUGUACGAGUCAUUGGCAGUAACUACGCCCCCACUAUUGAACGGGAUGAGUUCCUGGUGUCGGAGAAGAUCAAGAAAGAAUUGCUGAAGCAGAGGAGAGAAGCAGACGCUGCUCUUUUCUCAGAGCUGCAUAGAAAACUUCAGACACAGAGUGUUCUGAAGCAUCGCUGGUCUGUUCUCUACUUGCUGCUCAGCCUCUCUGAAGACCCCCGCAAACCGUCCAGCAGGGUUGGAAAUUAUGGCGCACUCUUUGCCCAGGCCCUCCCGAGGGACGCCCACUCCACCCCCUUCUACUGCACCCGGCCCCAAAGCCUGGCCCUGGGCUACGGGGAGAGGAGCGCCGCUCUGUCGGCCAGCGUGGGGACCAGCGGCAUCUCCAGUCUGGGAGUCUACACACUGAACGGGCCCACGGCAACGCCGCAGUCACUGCUGGCUGGUCAACCCCCUCAGUCUGCAGCGGGAGGCGGUCAGCCUCUGGGCUCUCGGCUGGCCUGGGCUCUUCCUGUAAGCUGCUCCCCUUCCUCGGCUCUGGCCCCGCUCGCCACUCGGCCGGCCCUCGGACCUCCAGUUCCCUCCUCCAGAGUGGUCCGUCCUCGCAGAGAUGGGGAGGUGAGCGAGGCGGCGCUGGUGCGGGACAUCCUCUACGUCUUCCAGGGAAUCGAUGGCAAGUUCAUUAAGAUGAGCGCCCAGGAUAACUGCUACAAAAUAGACAGCAAGGUGGUGCUGUGCAAGUCCCUGAGAGACACCAGCAGCAGACUGGCCGAGCUCGGCUGGCUCCACAACAAAGUCAGGAAGUACACCGACGCCAGGAGCCUGGACCGGGCCUUUGGACUGGUCGGACAGAGCUUCUGUGCCUCGCUUCACCAGGAGCUGAAGGAGUACUACAGGCUACUGUCUGUCCUCCACUCCCAGUUGCAGGUGGAGGAUGAGCAGGGUGUGAUCGUGUGCUCAGAGAGCACUCUGACUCUCAGAAGGCUCCUGGUCUGGAUGUAUGACCCCAAAAGUCGACUCAAAACGCUGGCCGCUCUCGUCGACUUCUGCCAAGGUCGGAAAGGAGGCGAGCUGGCCUCAGCUGUCCAUUCUUACGGGAAAACAGGUGACCCACAGAUGAGAGCGCUGGUUCAACACAUCCUCAGCCUGGUGUCGCACCCUAUCCUCAACUUCCUGUAUAGGUGGAUCUAUGACGGGGAGUUAGAAGAUACGUACCACGAGUUCUUCGUAGCAUCGGAUCCGAACGUGAAGACAGAUCGUCUGUGGCAUGACAAGUACUCCCUCAGGAAGUCAAUGAUCCCCUCAUUCAUCACCAUGGACCAGGCCCGCAAGGUGCUGCUUAUUGGUAAAUCCAUCAACUUCCUGCAUCAGGUUUGUCACGACAGAACACCGCCGGGCAAAAUCACACCAGCAUCCAAGUCUGCAGACACACCCAAAGAUGCUGCAGAGCUGCUGUCUGACUUGGAGGGCGCAUUUCAGGAGAAGAUCGACGCUGCUUACUUUGACACCAGCAAAUACCUGCUGGAUGUUCUUAACCGCAACUACCUGCUGCUGGAGCAUCUGCAGGCCAUGAGGAGAUACCUGCUGCUGGGCCAGGGAGACUUCAUCAGACACCUCAUGGACCUGCUCAAACCAGAGUUGGUGCGUCCUGCCACCACUUUGUAUCAACACAACCUGACUGGCAUCUUAGAGACGGCAGUCAGAGCCACAAACGCCCAGUAUGACAAUGCAGAGAUUCUCAAGAGGCUGGAUGUACGCCUGCUAGAGGUGUCUCCUGGUGAUACAGGCUGGGAUGUUUUUAGUCUGGACUACCACGUCGAUGGACCUAUUGCUACGGUGUUUACAAGGGAGUGUAUGGGCCACUACCUGCGUGUGUUCAAUUUCCUGUGGAGGGCCAAGAGGAUGGAGUACACACUGACUGACAUCUGGAAGGGACAGAUGUGUAAUGCCAAGCUGCUCAAAACCAUGCCUGAGUUGUCCGGCGUGCUGCAUCAAUGUCACAUCCUGGCCUCUGAGAUGGUCCACUUCAUCCACCAAAUGCAGUACUACAUCACCUUUGAGGUGCUGGAGUGCUCCUGGGACGAGUUGUGGAACAGAGUGCAGCAGGCUCAGGACCUCGACCACAUCAUCGCUGCCCACGACAUGUUCCUCGACAGCAUCAUCUCAAGAUGCCUGCUGGACAACAACAGCAGGUCUCUUUUGACCCAGCUGAGGGCCAUAUUUGACCAGAUCAUCGAGUUCCAAAGCGCCCAGGACUCCCUCUACCGCUCGGCACUGGAGGAACUGGCCCUCCGGCUGCAGUUUGAAGAGAAGAAGCAACAGAGAGAGGACGAGGGUCAGUGGGGAGUGACGGCCGAACAGGAAGCAGAGGAGAAGAAGAGGAUUCAGGAGUUCCAGGACACCAUACCAAAGAUGCGCUCCCAGCUUCGCAUCCUCACCCACUUCUACCAGAGCAUCGUCCAGCAGUUCCUGGUGUUGCUGAUGACCAGCACGGAUGAGAGUCUGCGUUUCCUCAGCUUCAGACUGGACUUCAAUGAGCACUACAGGGCCAGAGAGCCGCGGCUGCGAGCCUCACUAGGCGCCAACUGGGGGCGACGACCGUCAAAUAUCUGACAUGACGACGAUAGGCCCGACAAGCAAGGCUUCCAGUCAUUGGAGCAUGGAGUAUGACAUCACAGUGGGCAGUUGUGACAUCACAGAGGCGGGCCGGCCAGCCAGCAGACUUAAAGUGCUUCAUGUCGAGAUGAUGAGAACAUGUUCUGAAUGUUCUGGCGUCGCAGUGGCGGCGGUCGCCAAGUGAUGACAUCACAGCAGACAGCUCCAGUGAAGUCAGCUGCGUGGAAGGAAUAAAGUCCAGUAAAUCAAACUUUCAGAGCUUGUUGUGACAUGCAGAGUAAACACCGUGAACAGACUGCUCAAAAUUCUGCAAGAAUUCUGCAAAACAUGAGGUCAAUUUGGGAAAGCGAGUGUGAGGAGGUAAAUAAAAGCAGCUGUCAGACUGAGCUCCCCGAGUCACACCGGGCCACCUUACAUGGCAUGCCUUAUUAAUGAGAGAAAACAAAACCUUUUCUCUCAGCGUGGUUGCCAAAUCUAGUCCCAACACACAUAAUGUAUUUACAUAGUGUUUAUGCAAAAAUGUAUGUAUGUGUACAUAUGCAUCUUUACACGUCACCUGUGGCUUUGCAUCUCCUCACUAGGGUUCAACCGAUAUGGGUCUGAUAUUGAUAUUUUUUCAAUUUUGUAUUUGUAGCCGUUAUUAAAAUGAUUUAAUUUGAGCAGUUUUAGUACAAUUAUUCCAUAAGACGCCGUGUUUCUGCUGUUCUCAUUAAGGUGGAAACAAACCAUAUGAGGCACUGAAACUGUACGGACAGACAGGAGUCUUCAGCAUAUUGAAUAUUUAUGGUCAGUAUUGGCACAGCAGUAUAUCGGUCUAACCCUAGUUCUCCACUCCCCCCUUUUUUUUUUUUUUUUUUUUUUUUUAGUGUGUCAGGUCAGCUGUCCAAUCAUAAUCAUACAGAGGAUUUUGAACUACGCACACAACACACACACUCUCGCUGACAAUUCUGCUUCCGUUGACAUGAGGACAACCCUGGCUCAUACAGACAAAAAGUUUAAACCCCUUGAUUGCUGACUUUGAUUACACCCUAUAUUAAUAUCUGACGUUAGUUGUUGAUUUUUAAUAGAUUUGUAACUGUUUGCCAUUACAUACACACACAAGCAUCUGGCUUCACCUCGACUGAUGUAAAGAAUGUUAUUAAGAGUUUAGUUUGUAUUUAAUUGUGGUUUCCCUGCUUAGUUUACAGUUUGUGCUUUAUGUCUGUAUGAGAGAUGGAUCAUGUCAAAGAAACAUAAUCACAACAACCACAACACCUCACUCUUCUCAUUGCCUAAAUAGAAAACUAUGAAUGUUCAGAUGUUUCUUUAAAAAAUGUAAAUAUUUCUAAAUGAAAUUCCAUAUUUAAAGAAUUUAAUGGUUAUUAACAUUAACUUAGGCAGUUUAUUUACUGAAAACAACCUCCCCCUUUUUAUUAAUUGAACACAACAAUUUGCUGGACUUUUUUGUAGUACACCGUCGAAUGCUUUUGGCUAUUAAGAAAAAAAGGCCAAAAUGUUUGAGAUUGGAAAAUCAAGUAGCAUUUGAUUUUAGUCAUCGAGCUAUACAAUCCUUUCCAUAUAAACAGCUGUGAGCGUUGAUCUCACCUUGUUGGAGCUCUGAUCCUGGGUCAUGUUUCUAAAAGCAAAAAAAAUAAAAUUAACAGAAAUCACACGCAUUUUUUAAAGGAUACGGUUAAUGUAGUAUUAUAGAGUCCCAUGCUAAAAACUAACUUUAAACUCCGAAAAUAAACCUGUAUCAAAAUGAUUAGCUUUUGACAUUUCUGUAAAACGUAAGUUUCUUCAGUGAAAACGUGUUCACGGGGAAAUAUUUACUUCAGGGGUGCAGUGAUGUUCCAGGAUUGUCUUUAAUUUCUAUUGUCAAUGAAAGAAACCGCUGCUGCAUCUGGUCACUGUUAUCUGCGCUCCUCCUGUGAUUUAGAGUGAAGUGAAACGUCAAACUGAACCUGGCUCAGCACUGUCUUGUCCCUGUCUGUCCUCUACAUUGUAGGCCUAUAGCACAUACUGAAUAGAAUAUAGGGAAACCAAACAUCCUGCUUCUUUAUUAAAAUGUUUUUUUAUUAA